CUGUUUGUGUGUUUAUGGAAGCCAAUGUGGGGCGAAGCAUCCCGAGUUCCUCAGGUCCACGCAACUCAGGAAGCAUGUUGCCACAUUGUCACAAGUCCUCAAUCUCAAAAAUAAUGAAAUUGACCAGGUGGCUGACUUCCUGGGACAUGAUAUUCGUGUCCACAGGGAAUUUUAUCGCUUACCUGUGCCAACAACACAACUGGCAAAGAUUUCUAAGCUUCUUUUGUCCAUGGAGAAAGGACACGUAUCCACCCUGCAAGGAAAAUCCCUUGAUGACAUCGAAAUCGAAGAUGAAAUAGAACUAAGUGAGGAUGAAGAAAAGGAAGAUUUAAGUGACUUGGAUGACUGCGAUUCUGUGGAACCUGAGGAACCCGUGGAAACCAUGGAAUCUGUGGAACCUGAGGAACCUGUGGAACCUGAGGAACCCGUGGAACCUGUGGAACCUGUGGAACCUGAGCAAAGCAAGAAUAUGGAUGAUUUGUUGGGAGCAGUGUCAUCGACAGCAGAGGAAACUGUCCCUCCUGUUGAAGGCAAAGACUUCCUCUGCUGCACCAAGAAGACAACCAAAAAAACCAUGGUCAAGUGCUGA